AAGGGGCAUGUAUAUUCCCAUUGCUUAUAAGGCUAUUAAAGCCUCCCCAAGCUCAACACACAGCACAAAAAAAUAAAAUAAACAGAGGAGAAAGAAAAAAAAAACAAUAAAAACCUAAAAAAAACAUUGAUUUUUCUUUCUGAUUCUCCGAUGUUCUAAGAUCGAUCUUACGUUUGAUUGUUUGUCAAUUUUCUUCAAUCGGGAAGUUAUUCAACGUAGAUUGUAUUACUGAGAUUUAGAGCUAAAUGGCAUCACUGGUUGUCAGUGGUAACAGUCAAAUGUCUUCUUCGGUUUCUGUUCAAGAAAAAGGAAGUCGAAAUAAAAGAAAAUUCAGGGCUGAUCCACCUUUAGGGGAGUCAAGUAAGAGUAUAUCUUCACUUCAACAUGAGAGCCUAAGUUAUGAAUUUUCUGCUGAAAAAGUCGAAAUUACCCCAUGUUUUGGGCCAGUCACAGCUUCUGACUUGUGCAGUGUUAGUCACGGUUGUUCUGAUGGCUUGAAGCUUGACCUUGGAUUAUCUAGCCCCGCAGUUUCAUCUGAGGUCAGGCUUUGCCAGCCUAAGGAGGAAUUAGAAGUGGUUGAAUCCCAUGGCGCUGAUUGGAGUGAUCACACAGAAACUCAGUUGCAAGAACUUGUCUUGAGCAAUUUGCAAACCAUUUUCAAGAGUGCAAUAAAAAAAAUUGUUGCUUGUGGCUACACUGAAGAUGUUGCUACAAAGGCUAUGUUAAGACCUGGCAUCUGUUAUGGAUGCAAAGACACUGUGUCUAAUAUAGUUGACAAUACUUUAGCUUUUUUGAGAAAUGGUCAAGAAUUUGAUCCUUCACGAGAGCACUAUUUUAAAGAUUUAGCCGAGCUUCAGAAUUACAUCUUGGCUGAAUUGGUUUGCGUUCUUCAAGAGGUUAGGCCAUUUUUCAGUUUCGGAGAUGCAAUGUGGUGUUUGUUAAUCAGUGACAUGAAUGUGUCACAUGCUUGUGCAAUGGAUGGUGACCCUUUAAGUAGUUUAGGCAGCGAUGGCAUUGGUGAUGGCUCUUCUUCUGUCCAGACUGAAUCACAAUCAAAAGUUGAAACAAAAAGUUCGGAAUUGAGUCUUCCAAGUCCUUGUAAUUCAAUUCCCCCAGGCACUCAAUCUGAGAAAUCUGUUGUGGCAGAAAAUUCUCAAAUUCGCGGUGGACUCUUGGAAAAACAGGGUGCUAAUUCUGGAUGUCAUCCUGUUGACAAGUCAUCUAGUGCUUCUGGAACCUCUCAAUCUCCCCUGCUACAAGAAAAAUGUGGGAUUGUUAGAAAGGUCCAUUCGAGUAGCACCAAGAGGGAGUACAUUUUUCGUCAGAAGUCAAUCCACGUGGAAAAGAGUUAUCGGACAUACGGGUCUAAAGGGUCUUCAAGAGGAGGAAAGCUGAGUGGUUUGAGUGGUUUAAUCUUAGAUAAAAAACUUAAAUCAGUAUCAGAAUCUACUGCCAUAAACUUAAAGAGUGCUUCUAUAAACAUAAGCAAGGCAGUGGGAAUUGAUGUCACUCAAAACAAUCAUAACACCCAUUUCUCAUCUAAUAAUGGACCAUCUACCCCUACAUUUAGCCUGGAUUCUAGUGAUACUAUUUCUCGUGCAGCUGAUUCUUCAUCUUCAGAACAUGAAGCAAACCUUAUACCAGCAGUCAGUAGUCCUCCAGAUGCAUUAUCAGCUACAGACACUGACCUUUCUCUUUCACUGUCUUCAAAAGGCAAUUCUUCUAUAGCCCCUAUCUGCUGCAGUAACAAGUCACAUAGUAGUAGUUGUGUGGGGAUACCAUAUGACAAGUCCAUGAGACAGUGGUUGCCCCAAGAUAGAAAAGAUGAGCUGAUUUUGAAGAUGGUUCCGAGGGUUCGGGAGCUGCAAAAUGAACUUCAAGAAUGGACAGAGUGGGCAAAUCAAAAGGUGAUGCAGGCUGCUCGUCGGCUGAGUAAGGACAAGGCCGAGCUUAAGACACUAAGGCAAGAGAAAGAAGAAGUUGAACGACUUAAAAAGGAGAAACAAUGCCUUGAAGAAAACACCAUGAAAAAGCUUUCUGAGAUGGAAAAUGCCUUGGGUAAAGCAGGUGGACAAGUGGAACGAGCUAAUACUGCAGUACGGAAGCUCGAGAUGGAGAAUGCUGCAUUGAGGAAAGAGAUGGAGGCUGCUAAGUUACGUGCGGUAGAAUCAGCAACAAAUUUUCAAGAGGUCUCUAAGAGGGAAAAGAAGACCCAAAUGAAGUUUCAAUCAUGGGAGAAUCAGAAAUCGUUGUUACAGGAAGAGCUAAUGACUGAAAAAAACAAAUUGGCACAUAUAUCGAAGGAAUCAAAGCAAGCCGAAGUGCAAGCGGAGCAAUUCGAGGCUAAACGGCGGCAGGCAGCAAAGAAAACAGAAGAACUUCUCUCCAUGGUCAGUUCUAUACGAAAAGAAAGAGAACAAAUUGAGGAGUUGGCUAGAACCAAGGAGGAGAGGAUCAAAUUGGAAGCGGAGAAGGAGCUGCGAAGAUACAAAGAUGACAUCCAGAAACUUGAAAAAGAAAUUGCACAAAUAAGACAGAAGUCCGACUCUUCAAAAAUUGCUGCACUAAAAAGAGGGAUCGAUGGAAGCUAUGCCGGUAGCUUCAAGGACACGAAAAAGGGUUCUGGUUUUGAAGAACCCCACACCGCGUCUAUUUCAGAAUUGGUUCAAAAGUUAAAUAACUUCUCUAUGAAUGGAGGAGGUGUGAAACGGGAAAGGGAGUGUGUGAUGUGCCUUUCGGAAGAGAUGUCUGUUGUAUUUCUUCCAUGUGCUCAUCAAGUUGUUUGCACAAAGUGCAAUGAGCUCCAUGAGAAGCAGGGAAUGCAAGAUUGUCCUUCUUGCAGGAGCCCCAUCCAGGAGCGAAUUUCUGUGCGUUAUGCGCGUACAUAAUAGUGAUUUAUUUAUUUGAGUGAAAUGAGUGUUUUGAAUAAUGUCCUCGGGACUCCCAUAGAAUAAUGCAUUCAGAUCUUGGAUCUGGACUUCAGAUACAUUAUAUAUUACUUUCAAUGCAAAGGUUGAUUCUUCCGCUACAACUUCU